AUGUCCUCUGUUGGCAAAGCACGAGGACGUAGUCGAGGUCGAAUUUCACAAACAAAAGAACCAGAUGCUCCUGGAGGUUUACAAGAUUAUGUUGACUCUGAAACAUCAUCAUAUGUCUCACAACAAAGCGAAACUAGUGAUAUACGAUUACGUAGUCAUGAAGAAACUCCAUCUGAUGAGCAAUCUCGAGCAGAAAAACCACGUCGUGGAAAUCCACCGAAAGUAAUGUCAGGAGCACCUCGUGGUAGUGGUAUACAAAGCAUGACAUCUGAUUUUGCUGCAAUGCGUGUUGGUGCAAAUAGUGGUCGAUCAAGUUCUCGAUCAGUUCCUUAUUCAGAAUUAUCUGAAGCACAACCACAAGUAACUGAAAAACGAGGUAAAUUACUUGUUUUGUAA